AUGGUUACCAAACGUGAGGACCGACGGGGACCGUGGAGAACUGACUUUGCGUGGACUUUACAAGAAGCAGCAGGCCAAGGACAUCUGGAGACAGUAAAGUGGCUCUAUGGAUAUGACCCACAGUCUGCACAUGCGUUGGGUGCUGCUGCUGGAAAUAGAGUUGAUUUUUUGAAAACGCUACAAGAAGCUGCUGCCGAAGGACAUCUCGAGACUGUGAAGUGGCUCUAUGGAUAUGACCCAGAACCAGCACAGGGGUUGAGCUCUGCUGCCGGUGGUGGCCACCUGCCUGUGGUUGAGUGGCUCUGGGGCCAAGGAGUUCGAGGUGAUGAUCACAAUCCGAUAGAUUCCGCUGCAGCACAUGGGCACUUGGAAGUGAUAAAAUGGCUACAUGUGCGUGGAGCUCGUGGGUACCAUGCAAUGAACAACGCGGCGGCAGGUGGACACCUUGAAGUCAAGAAGUUGCUACACGGCAACGAGGGGGGAUAUAACGCCGACGCAGCACUCGAUGGCGCAGCGAAGACUGGCCACCUCGACGUUGUAAAAUGGCUGCAUGAUAAUCGCACUGAAGGAUGCACCACAGCUGCAAUGGACGGUGCUGCGGAAAAUGGCCACCUCGACGUUGUCUGCUGGCUACAUGACUAUCGCACUCAAGGGUGUACGGGAAAUGCUAUCAAAUGGGCUGCGGGAAAUGGUCACUUACCGGUGGUGGAAUGGCUGUACAAACUCUACGGAAGCCAGUUUUCGAUUCCGAACCUCAUGAACUCUGCAGCACUUGCUGCUCGUGGGGGUCACCUCAAGAUUGUGCAAAUGCUGGCGAUGAAUUGCUGGUUCUCCCACCCGAAAUAUUUGACGCCGGUAAUGGCGAAUGCUUUCAUGUAUGGGCAAUGGUCGAGUGGCUACUAG